AUGGAAAGCCAACAAAACGGAAAUAUAAAUAAUCAUCACUUCUAUGAGGUUAUGGGAACAGUCUCAUCCAUCCCACAUCCUACUAAACAAAAUGUUACUUAUGCCCCUAAAGAAUGGUACUGUAAUGUUUUUGAAAAUUCAAAAUCUAUUCAUUUCCGUAAUUCUUCAGAAAAACAUGUAGAUAUUAUUAUAUUUGGAGAAACAGAAAAAUUUAAUAUUAAAGAAGAUGAUGAAAGACCACCCUAUUAUAAAAUGGAAUUUAGUAUUCAAUCAGACAAAGUAAAAGAAAUUACUCCUCUCUCAGAUAAAGGUAAAAUAUAUGUAACAUUUAAAGUUGGUGAUAAGAUUCAAUUUGUUAUCGACCGAGAUAUUAAAUGUGGUCUAUCCUUCAGUGUUUUAGGGAAACACAUAAUAGAAUUAGAUAAAGAAGAACUACUAGAUAAAGAAGUUUUUGAAAACAAAUAUUUUUCACAAUAUCAAAGUUAUACAAUCGUUCCAGAACCAACAAAUGAUUAA